UGCGUUCUGUUUGCUUCCAUCGCUGCUGCUGCCUCUUCAACCUGUAAAGCGUGGCAGAGGGGGCAUGCAACGAAGUGGAGUGAAGGGUGUCAAGUGAAGAAGUUAAGGAGUGACCAUUGACCGGCGAAAUUAUAGAACCCAAAGAUAAAAAUACCCUACGCGUGAGAGCUCUGCGAGCAGUCUGCUGAGCAACGGCUUCCUAAGAUUUACGGUUACGUUCCAACGCCUUCCGCAUGAAAUGCGCCAACCUUGCGCGUUGACGUCGUCGCUUUGGCGCACAACAAACGAGAGGAACCAAACAAAUUUGAACUCGUCAAGGACGCAAGGCAACGCAACAGCAAAUAAAUUGUAAUUAAGCAGGCACUGAGGCGAACACAUUCAUCGUUUUUUGUCGCGAAUAUAAUUUGUGGCGGAGGACAAACUUUUUCGGACGCCAGCACUCAGCGCAAUAAUAAUAAUAGCAACGACAGCAAGAACAACAAAACCAUCAGCAGCAUACAGAGGCUGAACUGUUCAACUAUUUCCUAACUCCCCAACCAAGUGCUCAAAAUCACACCAUGCCAGCGGGACGUGUAGCUGGCAAGGCCGGCUAUUCCAAUCAUUACUAUAAUGGUCGCUCGUAUGUUGGCAUCAAUGAGGAAAUCAUGUGGGUCAGCAUUGGCAUGGGCGUGACUAUAGCGCUGCUAAUAACGAUUGCUCUCUGCUAUAUAGCCCGGGAGAAGUGUCAGAAGCGUCAAAGGGAGUACUACGUGACCGCAUAGUUGUUGUAUUACAACAACAGCGACAUGCAGCAGCAGCAGCAGCAACAGCAGCAGGAGCAUCACUGCAUCAUCAACAUGGAUGUGGAUAUGGGAAAGGAGCAGCAGGUCCUGUCUGUGACGGCUGCCGCCUCGGCUUUAGCAACGUCUCGGGUAGGUGCAG